ACAGUGACGCCAACAUAAAGCAACAUGGCGGCGCGAACCCGAAUUAUUGGCACCCCUAGCUCCACCUUUGACUUCCUCUGUUUUGUCGAAGGCUCUUUCGGGAUUGAGCCAUGGGUCGUGUAAUUCGCGCUCAACGUAAGGGAGCUGGAUCAGUUUUCCGCUCCCACACCAAGAGGAGGAAGGGAGCACCAAAGCUUCGUUCCCUUGAUUACUCUGAGAGGCAUGGAUACAUCAAGGGUGUCGUCAAGGAGAUCAUCCACGACCCUGGCAGAGGUGCUCCUCUGGCCGUAGUGCACUUCCGUGACCCGUACAAGUUCAAGACCCGCAAGGAAUUGUUCAUUGCCCCAGAAGGCAUGUACACCGGACAGUUCUUGUACUGUGGAAAGAAAGCCAACCUCCACAUUGGCAACGUUAUGCCAGUCGGUCAAAUGCCUGAGGGUACAAUCGUUUGUAACCUGGAGGAGAAGACUGGUGACCGUGGCCGAUUGGCUAGGGCAUCUGGACUGUACGCCACUGUCAUCGCCCACAACCCCGACACAAAGAAGACCAGGGUCAAGCUUCCAUCUGGAGCCAAGAAAGUCAUUCCAUCCGCCAACAGAGGUAUGGUUGGAAUCGUUGCCGGUGGUGGACGUAUUGACAAACCCAUCCUUAAGGCUGGACGUGCUUACCACAAAUACAAGGUCAAGAGGAACUGCUGGCCUAAGGUUCGUGGUGUUGCUAUGAACCCCGUUGAGCAUCCUCACGGAGGUGGUAACCAUCAACAUAUUGGUAAGGCUUCGACCGUCAAGCGAGGCACCAGCGCUGGUCGCAAGAUCGGUCUCAUCGCCGCCAGGAGAACUGGUAGGAUCAGGGGAGGAAAGACCGACGCCAAGAAGGAAGAUUAGAUUAAUCGCUAAUUAUUUCUCGGCGUUUAUUAUAAUAAAAAACUGGAAAACUCGAAAAAAAAUUUAA